UGCUACCUGCAGUUGUGGGUUACUGCUAGGUCUGUAACUAAUCUGCCGCUGACUUCCCAUUGUACAGCCUUCGCUGUGGUAGGAGUGUUGUAACUUUCAACCGGCACAGGACACGCAUGGAUAUAUAUCAUAAUGACGAAUUGCUCAAGUAACAACGGCCAGUUUGGCUCUAAGAGGCGCCCUUUCUAUUUGUACCCGGGCAUUGUGUUGGAUUCGCCAAGUUUUGCUGUUUAACACCAAACUGGUCUGCGCUUCCUCAUCACUCAGGCUGUUUCGCAUGACUUCAGGCGGGGAUAUUGUCCGUCUUUAUUAAAUCGAGGUUUCAGGAUGAGAAAACCCAAAAUUAAUCGGAUGGUACUGGCGAUGUGUUUGGGGUCCUUCCUAAUGGUAAUUUUCUACUUCCAGAGUAAUCUAAAACAAGCGUCGGCACGGACAGGUGGACAGUCUGGGACGUUUGGGAAGUCUGGAAGGAGUCCUCUACAGACCCUCUACGACACAGACCCGUUGGAGCUGUCUCCCUUGCAGGUGAUGCACCAGGGUCGACGUGCAUUGCUGGAAGAGGCGUGUCGUUCGUACACACGGAAGCGGCGCGUCCUGAUCCCCGAGGACCUGAAGCACCUGAUAGUGGACGACCGUCACGGCCUGUUGUACUGCUACGUGCCCAAAGUGGCCUGCACCAACUGGAAACGGGUGCUGAUGGUCCUGACAGGCCAGGCGGGGGGGCAGCACCGCGACCCCCUCCAGAUCCCUGCCAACGAGGCUCACAUCCCGGGCAAUUUGCGCACGCUCUCCGAGUACUCCACGGCGGAGAUCAACCAGCGACUGCGCACCUACCUCAAGUUCCUGUUUGUCCGCGAGCCAUUUGAACGCCUCGUCUCCGCCUACCGCAACAAGUUUACCCGUAGCUACAACACGGCCUUCCACAAACGCUACGGGACCAAGAUCAUCCGCCGACACAGGCCGGAACCGCGGCCCGAAGCGCUGGAACGCGGAGACGAUGUUUCCUUCGCCGAGUUUGUUUACUACUUGGUGGACCCGAGCACUCAGCGUGAGGAACCAUUUAACGAGCACUGGGAGAGAGUCCACUCACUCUGCCACCCCUGUCUCAUACACUAUGACGUCAUCGGUAAGUAUGAGACCCUGGAGGAAGACUCCAGCUACGUGUUGAAGCUGGCAGGCGUGGAUGGAGAGGUGACGUUUCCUGCCUCUGCCAAGAGCACACGCACCACGGGUGACAUGGCCGCGACAUUCUUCAAGGACAUCAGUCCAGCGUACCAGAAGAAACUCUACAGCCUCUACCGAAUGGACUUCUUACUUUUUAAUUACUCCACACCAGCAUACCUGAAAUUCAGAUGAGGCCUGGAGCCGCAUGUAUAACUUCAGAAGACAGAAAAUCCAUCAACAGACUUUUUGGGUUUCUCUUUUUUGUUUGUUUGUUUUUAUUUUUGGUGACAUCAUCUCAUUUUGACCCUUGACUUGUCUGUGGAUAUUGAAAGAAAAUGACAGUUGUGUGAAUGAUUAAGUUAUGUGUAUUUGUGGGUUGUUUUGUUAUUAGUAACGUGGGGUUUUUUAGGCAGUACUGUACAUGCUUCAGUAGGAAAACCAGAGCAGUCGACGUGUUGCACAUCAGGCGGUUUCCUGGACACGGACAGAUGUACUGUAUCUAAAAGAGGGAAACUUCUGUCUCCCUCUGUCCUUUUAAGACAUUGUGGUUUCUCCUGACGAAGGCCAGGCGUUAGACAUCACAGGUGCCUUUUUUGGCAACGGAACACUUUUCAGCACAUCAGCACCAGACUGAGGCUGGUCAGUCAUGACGCGUCACGUCCUGGAGCUAUGCUGAAAACUUCAGGCGCUUUGGUAUUGUCUCAUGGCCUCUGGCGGGAUAUUGAGUGUACGCCCUUGUGUUUCCCUUGCAUGAUGCCAGGAGAUUUGGAACUGUCUGGUCGCUUUGAUGUGACAUUUGGUGCCUUGUUUUGUCUACAGAAGAAAUCUUAAAGAGAAAUCAUACGUUCAGGAUACAGUAAGAGUCUCCUGAGGGAGUGGUUAGGAAUUUAGUGGGACACUGUUCUGCCACCUCCCCCUCUGUUUGUUUGUUUUGUUUUUUUAGUCAAAUGCAGUUUGAAUGGUCAUUUCCAAACCUCUGACCAUAAAAUGACUCCCUCUUUCUUUUAAACCAGAGGAUUUAUUCCUUUUUGGCAGUGCCUUUUUGGGCUGUUACCCAUGUGUGCAGUAGCAGAGAAACAGGACUGUAGGCCUGUCUGAGAUGGUGUAAACGGGCCUCGUUCAAAGAGUUUAAAAUAAAGACAGUGCAGUACUGUGAAAUGGAGUUCAUGUAUGUUCACUUUGCAUUAUUUAUUGUGGGUUUAUGAACAGGCUCAAACAGACCAAAGUUACGCACAGAUGCUACUUUGCCUUUUAUUUUCAGAUCGAUUCAAAUAAACACUUGAAUG